AUGGUUUCGGCAAAGGGUCGGCAAUCUCGCCCGACCUUCGGACAGAACGCCGAGUAUAGCUACACCCACCCAAAAAUGCCAAAAAUGGUCAUGGGCAAUUCCGACCAGAGUGCUGAGGUUCCGCCACGCAACUACAUCUCACAGAGCUCGAUCGAUGAGUUAUACCUGACCUUUGGCACUCCAAUACCUCAGCCUGUGGGCCUUUCUUCCCCGCAACCUGGCCAGCCAGCUCCACCGCCAUGUCCAGACCUCUCAGAAUAUGCUUCGCCGUUUCUGUGGUCCGAACCUCGAAAGACAGUAAUCACAAUGAUCUCCUGCGGCGUAACUGCAAUGUCGGCCUAUGCUGCAGGAGAAUAUACCCCGCCGGCUGAUGAGCUUACCGCAAAAUGGGGUGUAAGCAGGGUUGUGUACAACUUGGGAAUCACAUUGUUUUGUCUCGGCUUCGGUAUCGCCCCCAUGGUUCUAGCUCCCUUCUCGGAAAUCAACGGCAGAAGACCGAUCUUCGUGUCUAGCGGUGUUGUGUUCACAGUAUGCCUAGUUGGGUGUGGGGCCACGGACUCUUUUGCUGGUUUACUCAUCGCAAGAUUUUUCUUGGGAAUCGGUGGAUCUACCUUUUCGACGAUGGUUGGAGGCGUUAUCAGUGAUAUUUACCACGCGGAAGAUCGCAAUACCCCCAUGUCAUAUUUUGCGGGCUCUGUUCUCUUUGGUACCGGCCUGGGCCCGCUUAUUACGGGGUUUAUCCAGCAACGAGCGAGCUGGCGGUGGAUCUAUUAUUCUCAAGCCAUUGCAGCUGCAGGGUUCCUGAUUAUUCUCUGGUUCUUCCUAAAAGAAACACGUGGGAGCGUUCUUUUGAGCCGAAAGGCAAGGACCUUGAAUAAAUACUACGAAGCACUCGAAGAUGCGGGCUAUUACGGCGUUGUCUUUGAAUCGAGCGAGUUCCCCGAGAAGCAGCAAGUUCAGCGGAUUAGAUGGAAGGUCAAAAGCGAUGAAGAGCGUGAGACCCUUGCCAAGAUGAUAUCAAUCUCAUGCUACCGGCCAUUUCACCUUCUUUUCACCGAGCCAGUAGUUUUCUUUUUCUCACUAUGGGUCGCGUUCAGUUGGGCUAUUCUAUACCUGAAGUUCAGUGCUAUACCUCUUGUCUUUUCAACAAAUCACGGCUUCAAUGUUGAGCAGAAUGGGGCGGUAUUCUCAGCGGUCUCUGUCGCCUCUAUUGUAGCAACGGCCAUAAGCGUCUAUCAAGAGAAGUUUGCUACUCGCGCGGGAAAAAUGUCGAGCUCGCCCGAGGGACGGCUGUACUUUGCAUGCAUCGAAUCAAUCUUGAUGCCGGCAGGUCUGUUCUGGUUUGGUUGGACAUCGUACUCAUCAAUCCCAUGGAUUGUUCCGACCAUUGCCAUUGGUUGUUCAACGAUAGGGAUUUUGUCGAUUUACCUGGCUACAUUCAACUAUCUCGCGGACACUUACCACCGAUAUGCGAGUUCUGCGAUUGCGGCCCAGUCUUUCUGCCGCAACGUCCUAGGAGGCGUCUUUCCGUUGGUGACGAAUGCCAUGUUCACCAACCUAGGAUACCCGGCUGCUUGCAGUCUUUUAGGAGGAAUAGUAUGA